AGCUCGGGCGAAUCGCACCGCGCCGGCGAGCGUCGUCUACGUGGGGCGGCCACAGCCCCCGCCGCACAUCACGCCCAUCCGCCCCUGGGGCGGCGGUGCGGUGGGGGCUCGCGCUCGUCCUGCUGUCGGCCCCCCGAGUUUGCGUCGGGAAUCGGUCGAGCGGUCGGUCGACGGAGCGCAGCGCAACCCCGGCGAAGAGACAGAGAGAGUGAGAGAGAGAGAGAGAGAGGGAAAGAGAGAGAGAGACCGCUGAAUUACGCCGUUGUAUCGCACACGGGGCCCACGAUGCGCCUCUCGCGCGUCGCCGCUGCCGCUGCCGCCGUCGCCGUCGCCGCCGCCGCCGUCGCCGUCGUCGUCGUCGUCGUCGUCGUCGCCACCGCCUCGUAUGGCGCUUGACAAUCGCCGGUGAUACUCGCGCAUCGCGUCGCGUCGCAGCUUCCUCUGCUACCGGAGUACCCACGCGUAAUCCCGCACCCCCAGCAGCGUCCUGACGGCCCAGCGCAGCGGCGCGCUCGCGAUGCCGCUGAAGAGCCCGAGGCGGCGGUGAACGGCACGUCGAGCGCGUCGAACGUCGCAGCAAGUGCGGUGCCCAUCCAGAAGCUUCCUCUUCGUCGUCGCCCGCUAUCGGAGCUAUCAUGAAGACGGAAGUCGAGGACACGAGCGGCGACGGAGCGUGCGACGGCGCCGGCGGCGGUCCCAAUCUCGCCUGUCCCGAAAGCACGAGCGGCCUGGUCGUCGGCCCGGAAACGUCACCCAGCGUAAUGGAGUGCGGUGGUUGCGGCGAGCGCGUACGCGAGCGGAUCGUGCUGUGCGUGGGCGGACGUACGUGGCACUCCAGGUGCCUGAGGUGUUGCGCCUGUGCCAGGCCGUUGCACGAUCAGCACUCCUGCUUCCUGAAAGGCAUGCGGCUCUACUGCAGGCACGACUACGCCCUAACUUUCGGCGCGAAGUGCGCGAAAUGCGGCCGCAGCGUGGGCGCCGGCGACUGGGUGCGAAGGGCCCGCGAGAGAGUUUAUCACUUGGCCUGCUUCGCCUGCGACGCCUGUUCGCGUCAGCUGUCGACCGGCGAGCAAUUCGCGCUGCUGGACGCGCGACUCCUCUGCAAGGCGCAUUACCUCGAUGUCGUCGAGGGCAACAACACCUCGUCCGAUGGCGGUGACUCCGAGAGCGGCCACAAGGGCGGUAACAAGGCGAAGAGGGUCAGGACCACCUUCACCGAGGAGCAGCUCUCGGUGCUUCAGGCGAAUUUCCAACUGGACAGUAACCCCGACGGCCAAGACCUCGAGAGGAUAGCGCAUGUCACCGGGCUCAGCAAGAGAGUCACGCAAGUCUGGUUUCAGAAUUCCCGCGCGCGGCAGAAGAAGCACCUGCACACGGGCAAGAUGAAAGGACCCCACGUGCAUCAAUCCCCGCCGAACUCGACCGCGUCGCCCAACGACUUCGGUCGUCAUAUCAACCUGCACCUGACGUACUCCUUCCAGCAGCAGCACCACCAGCAGCAACAGCAGCCGCAACUCAGCCCGGCCACAUGCAAGAGUCCCACGAGCUCCAUUUAUCAUAAUCACGGUUCGGAACAGUCGAUGGACGAGCUCUCGCAGGACUCAAUGCUGUUGUCCAUGCCGAACGAGGUUUAAUGACCGCGGCUCGAUUCAGCGUAUUGUAAAUACACACGCAUUGCUUUAACGUGAAAAAAGUGUCAAGAUAGAGAUACACGCCUCGAAGCACAGGUAUCGUUUUUAUUUGCCCUCAAGGUGGGAGAGAAGCUCCCGCUGUCGCGUUAUUACUCUUCGAUGACGCGCUUUCAGACCAUGCCCGGAGAACGGUAGAUCUCUCUCUCUCUCUCCC